CUCUCAGAGCGGCCUCUCACUCUCUCUAUCCUCCACUCCUCUUUGCACAUGAACUCACACUGCACACCAGAGUUUGUAGUUUGAAAGUGAAGCUCUGAGGACAGAUCUGAAGGAGAACACGUUGAACCUGAAGAAUCCUUCAAAACUGGGACGGACGUAGAGACUCAGCUGUCCCAUUGAUCGGCUCACAAUGAAGCCGGUGUUACUCUUCCUUGUUUCCACUGCUUGGACUUUGACUGGAGCCCAGUAUUACUACCAGGGGCUGAUGGAUUAUCUGGAGAACAGGCUGCUGGCUAUAGAGGACCGUAUGCAGUUCUGGCACGAACAAUCCCAUCGCUACCACACAGAGCUGAAAGACUUCAAAAAGCUAACGACUGAGGCCAUGGAUGCACUGAGCAAAGAACACAGCCUGCUGUUCAAAGACCUGGAAGGAGCUUCGGUCCGGGUGGAUCGGGUGGAGCGGGAGAUGGACUACGUGGAGUCACAGACCUCGCCUCGGGCCUGUGCGAACAAGGCAGACAAGGUGGUGGAGCAGGGAGCCUGGGGACUGGAGGAGAGCAGAGGAGAAGAGGAGGAGGAAAAAGACUGGGAGGAGGUGCAGUCGAAAGUCUCUGACUGUGUGGAAAUCCUCUCUGGCAUCAGAUCAGUGAAGAUCCUGAAGAGAGUGGGCAGUCCUAAGGGCAUGUGGACUAGAGACCCCAGAUCUUCCAAGGUUUAUGUCUUUAAUGGGACAUCAGGGGAUAGUAUCUACCAGUUCAACUCUGUCCGGGACUUCUCCAGCUCCCUUGGUGUCUCCAGCAGCAGAGAGAUCCGACUUCCAUCUGAGUUUAGCGGCACAGGCAGCUCUGUUUACAACGGCUAUCUGUACUACAUUCAGCAGGAGGAUGAAACGGACGUGCAGGUGGUCAGAUUCGACCUGAUGACUGGCAUGGUGACUGACAUCGCCAUGUUCCCGGUGGAGAGCCAUGCUCUGGUGUAUAGUCUCAACCCAGAGACUGUUGCAGACCUUGCAGCAGACAAUGAAGGCCUCUGGCUUCUUUAUGCUGCCAGUGACAAUGAACCAAACAUCCACCUAGCAAAGAUGGACCCCGACACACUCGAUAUAGAACAAAUCUGGGACACCAGAUGCCCUCGAGAGAAUGCAGAAGCAGCUUUUGUAGUCUGUGGGACCGUCUAUGUUGUUUACAACACCCGUCUGGCCAGCCGGUCUCGAGUUCAGUGCCUUUUUGACGUCAACGACAUGAUAGUCAGUGAGGAGGCUCCACUACUUUACUUCCCCAGGAGAUACGGAGCCCACGCAAGUCUGAAAUACAAUCCUGAAGAGAAGCAGCUCUACGGCUGGGACGAUGGAUACCAAAUCAUCUACAGACUGACCAUGAAGAGGAAACUGCUGGUUUGACAGCAGGGGAGUGGUGUCAUAUUAUCAAAGGCAGUGAGGAAUAUCAUGAGGAAACAGUUAGAAUAGAAGUCUGCAGACUCUUCACUCACAGGAGACACAUCCCAUAGACUGUAUUCUACAAGUGGACGUGGCGCCACGUCUUCUUUCCAGAAACCAAAGCAGACAUAACUGUUUUCACACAUCGAGAACUUUGGUAUCUAACCAGCAUUUUUUUGACAUUAUUAGCAUUUUAGAAACACUCACCAGUUAUAAGAAGUGGAAGUAGCCUCAGGGUUUGAAAAAAGCCAAAACAGAUUGGUCUCAAAUUUGCAUUCUCCACUGGAUGCAAAAAAAACAAGUCUGAUUUAAUGCCAGACUACAAGAAAGUGAUCCCACUUUGUACUUGAUUCAUGCCUCUGUAAAUACUGAUGAUUUUAAGGUUCCAUUAACUAGUUUCAAAUGUAAAUAAAGCCAAACCUAUCAGGCCA